AUGAGGCAUCUCACUGAGGGCCGCAGCGUGGCUCACAGCCCACUCGUUGAGGCAAAGCUUCGGGAGGUUUUUGUUGAUGCGGCCGCUGGCCUCGAUGAAGCCAAGCUAGACUUGACAUGGGACCUGGAUGUCACAUCCGUUCAAUUGAGCAACUUUCUCCUCGUGUAUGGAUUAAGGCGUUCGACAGGCGGUCGCACCGCUGGCCUGUACCGAAAACCUGUCUCCGGGCACUAUGUGGUUUCCAAAGAGUCGACAGCUGGGCUCUGGGAAGUGGCUACAGCUGCUCUGGAAGGCGGCACGGUUUGUGCUGACUUCGUCCUCACCUGCGACCAGGUGCUUCAGCUGAGCUGCUCCGAGACCCAGGAGACGAGACUCCGCGAGGCAAAAACUGUGGAACAUCGACUUCGGCUGGAGGCAGAAUGGACCCCAGCGGAGGGCGAGAACAAGGAUAUCCCGCCGAGGUUCGAUGACCAGAGAGGCUGGCUGAUUACCGACCUGAAUGGUGCUGCCGAGUUCAACAGCCCUGUAGCCAACAUCCAGGAGGUGGAGUAA